UCAUGGUGUCUCCGUCAUUUCUUCUGUGCUCCGCGAGGGGCUUUUUCUUGACCCGCUGCCAUUCUGUCGCCAGGGGAGCUGAGAUGGGAUCCCUCUCAUAUUGACUCUUGGCUCCAACCGAGGGAUACACAACACGGUUGGUUCCUGUAGGCGAGGACGGGAGGAAGAGAGUAAAGGCUUUGUGGUCCAGAACAUAAGCAGGUCUUCUUCCAAUCACUGACAUAGAUUUGCUUCUUUGCUGGGGAAGGAUCCAAGCAAGAGAGAGUGAAAUCUGUACUUUCUUGCUGACAGAAUGUUGGUACCGAAGCAGUAUCGUUGCACUCAUUCAGCUUCAUGCAUCUGCAUCAAAGGUCACCUGAGCGAGGAUGCCAUCUAUCUUGUCUUCCGACAUCUGAAUUGGAAUCCCAGAUCGAUUGCUCUGAUGUCGUGUGUAUGCAAAUGGUUUGAUGAGAUCGCCAAGCGAAUCCUGUGGAAAGAGUUCUGUCGAUCAAGGGCCCCAAAAAUGAUGCUCGAUCUACAAUCCUGCGGAAGUCACAGUGUUGAUGGAAGCUGGAAAGCACUCGGGAAGCUUCUCAUCUAUUGUUCAGGGUUCGGCCAUAGGGGUGUCUUCAAUAUCACCCACAUCCCAGGUCAUUUUGUUUACAGGACUAGGUUUUCUAGGACUUCUGGAAAGAGCUUUCUCAUCCCACAGUGCAGGACGGAUGAUUUGUAUGUUUCGGAUCCUUGUGAGCAUCUUGAUCAAGGAGAUGAUGGUGAUGUUGGAUUUUUUCGUGGUGUAUUCAAGUCAUUUCCUAUUUCAAGCGUCAGAAAGAUGCUGAUCGAUAGGCAAGUCAUACUCCAUCCCACGGAGGUGUGUCCAUAUUGCAAGGCAAAAUUGUGGAACAUGCUGCAGGCAAAGAUGAUACCCAGGAGUGCUUGCAUCAGGUUGGGUGCUUAUGAUGAUAGCAUCGAGUGUUAUGUUUGUCUCAACGGCCACAUGGUUGGAGCAUGCACUCUCCUACCACUCUCUGAUUCCGAGGAGGCAUCUGAUCUUGAGCAAUGCUGAAAAUUUAACCGAGGAUCUUCAAGUUCAAAGACCAAAAUUCUGUCUCUUGGUAGUGAUUUUUGUUCUACUGGAUUAAAGCUAAAAGAAAUGCUGGUUGGAUGAUCCAUGGAUUUCCUCUCAUUUUAUCACGUGCCGAGGAAUCAAAUUGAACAAGAGUUUUUGUGACUCUUAAGUAUAUGGCAAAGAUGUUCUUGAGCCUCUCUUUCUAAGAUUAGUGGAGCCUCUCUUUUCAAGGUCAACGCGUGCAAACAUCUGCUGCAAGUGUAUCCAGUCGUUUCUGUCGAAUCGCUGCCCAACUUUGAAGGAUACUUACUUUUGAGCAUGAAAUGCUCUACAAGUUUAUGUAGGAAGAAUAGUUUCUAUCGUUAAUGUUGUCUCUCAUGCUCAGACAAAGAGGAUUGAAAGAUAAAUUUCUUUGUAUUCUGCAGCUAAGUAUCACUGACUCUAAACUUCUGCUUUGUUUUGUUUGGUGAUAUUUCAGUAGCAGCAUCAAGAUUGAGCUGUUCCUCUUGAUCAA